AUUUGAACUUCAGGCCAUUCCACAUGUUAAUCGGCGUCAAAUUUCGUCGUGUGUCGUAGGACUGAUAGCAAAACCCACGCAAGAAAACCCACUGCACGGAAAUAAACAAUUCUUCCUUCUUUUACAUUUACGAGACAUAAUCUACGUUUAGACGUAGGGACAGGAAAUGGCAGAAGAAGGUGAGGUUGAGAUUAUUGACUCUGGUGUUCAGAAUGCUGGUCCCCCAAACCAAAGGUCCAUGACUGAAACAGGAGCCCUAGUGGAGGUCACCUUUCAGAAAGAACCCUAUCAAAAAAACAAGUACCUUGAGGCAGAACCUAAAGCUUUAGGGAUUACACAGAUUAUGCUCAGUCUGUUUACCAUGAGCAUCAGACUUGCCACUUUAGAAAAGAAGCUGAUGUCAGACUUUUUCGUUGGAAGUCUUGCUUUAUUUGGCUUAAUAGCUGGUGGUGUGGCAGUAGGUGCUCAGAACCUGCAUCUUCCUACACUAAAGGCCUGUUUGGGAGUGCAGGUUAUGAUGUGUGUAGUGUCAGUGAUCUGCUUUAUCAACAGCAUGGUAACAUAUCACGUCAGUUUCAUGUGCUGGACCUACUCCCAAAAUAGAACUUUGGAAACAACUGUGUGUAACAGACUCCAGGACACGUAUGACCACAUCAUGGGAGUGGAAUUGCUGGCACAGGCAGCUCAGAUUGCUCUCUCAGCCACCUUGGCUGCGUUCUGCUGCAAAGUCAUUCAGUGCUGCUCCCCACGGACCAGCGUGCCUGUCAUUGCUGUGAAUACAGCCCGUGAAGAAGGUGAGGUGGAGAUUAUUGACUCUGGUGUUCAGAAUGCUGGUCCCCCAAACCAAAGCUCCAUGACUGAAACAGGAGCCCUAGUGGAGGUUGCCUUUAAGAAAGACCCCUAUCAAAAAAACAAGUACCUGGAGGCAGAACCUAAAGCUUUAGGGCUAAACAUUUUCAUUGGAAGUCUUGCUUUAUUUGGCUUAAUAGCUGGUGGUGUGGCAGUAGGUGCUCAGAACCUGCAUCUUCCUACACUGAAGGCCUGUUUGGGAGUGCAGGUUGUGAUGUGUGCCUCAUCAGUCGUCUGCUUUAUCAACAGCUUGGGACUACUGAUAGGGAACCGACUCGAUUCCAUGUGCUGGACGUACUUCCUUGUCAGUUCAGAAAAAGCCAUGUGUCUCAGACUCCUGGACACGUAUGAACAUGUCAUGGGAGUGGAAAUGCUGGCACAUACAGCUCAGAUUGCUCUCUCAGCCACCUUGGCUGCGUUCUGCUGCAAAGUCAUUCAGUGCUGCUCCCCACGGACCAGCGUGCCUGUCAUUGCAGUGAACACACCCCAUUCUCCUUAG